AUGAUUGUAGCCCUGGCGCUGGGUCUUGCCGUUUUACCUGUUUUCUUCGUUGUGAAGCAAUACGCUCGCAAAAGAGCGUCGAACCCAUCAACUCUUCCCUACCCACCGGGCCCGAAACCAUUGCCCAUCGUCGGCAAUCACUUCGACAUUCCCAAGAAGACCCCCUGGAAGACGUAUGCGGCAUGGGGAAGAGAUUACGGCGAGCUCAUCCAUCUGAACGUCCUAGGCCAACAUUAUAUCAUCCUAAACUCUAAGCGGGUGACAGUGGACUUGUUGGAGAAGCGCAACAGGAUAUAUUCUGAUAGGCCUAUCGUGCCGAUGAUACAGAUGAUGGGCUGGGAUUGGAACAUCGGUCUCAUGCCUUACGGGCUUGCUUGGCGACAGCGGCGACGAGAGUUCCAUCAGCAGUUCACAGCCGCGAAAAGCAAGGAGUAUCACCCAACUGUCACCAGCAAGGCGCAUGAAUUACUUCGCAACCUGUUAGGGAACCCUGAGGCCUUCCUGAAGCAUAUUCAACACUAUACUGCUGCAAUAUCUAUGGCGAUUGCCUACAACUAUGAGGUUGCCUCUAGCAACGAUGAAUACGUGGCUAUGGUAGAGGCAUCCGUGGAUAUGCUCGGUCAUGCGACAUUCCCUGGCGCUGUAAUUGCCAACGCCUUUCCCAUAUUGCGACACCUUCCGGCGUGGUUGCCUGGAAUGAGGUUCAAACGCUUUGCAGAGGCAUGCAGGAAACUAACCACAGAAAUGAAGAGAGCUCCGUAUCAUUUUGUUAAAGCGCGCAUAGAUCUUGGGGUGCCCACCAAGUGUGUGACGUCGGAACUUAUUGGUCGCUUCGCUGAAGAUGGCAAGCUGACACCUGAGUCGGAAGAUGUCAUCAAGGACGUUGGUGCCAUCACGUACGCCGCUGGAGCUGACACGUCUUCGUCCGCCGCGUCGGCAAGCAUACUCGCAAUGGUUUUGUAUCCCGAAGCUACGAAUAAAGCACAAGCCGAAAUUGAUCGUGUUAUCGGCAAGACUCGGCUUCCGAGCUUGGAGGACAGGCCCUCAUUGCCUUAUGUUGAGGCGUUCUUCAGAGAGCUCAUCAGGUGGCAUUCCAUAACUCCGUUAUCUGUUCCAAGAGCUGCUCUUGAGGAUGACAUAUAUGACGGGUACUUCAUCCCCAAAGGGACCAUUGUUCUCCAGAAUACAUGGGCAAUCCAUCAUGAUGAACGCAUCUAUGAUGAACCCGAGGUCUUCAAACCUGAGCGUUUUCUGAAUUCGGAUGGGAGCAUCAGUGAUGAGUAUCCCAUCAUGGCUUUCGGACACGGAAGAAGGAUAUGUCCAGGGCGUCAUCUGGCAGAUGCCAUGAUAUGGACCGAGAUCGCCCUUGUUUUAGCUGGGUUCGAUAUCACUAAAGCAAAGGAUGAGAAAGGGCACGACAUAGAUCCGCCGGUCCAGUUCACUGAUACUAUCAUCAGCCAUCCCGAGCCGUUCAUGUACAAGAUUCAUCCGAGAAGCAAGGAAUUCGAAGUGCUCAUUAAUGAAACAAGCCAGCAUCUCUUAUAG